AUGUCUACUAUCAACUUGCCCUUGAAAAGAACCGCUCUCGAGAUGGUCCGCGAGACUGAACUAGAUGGCCCACUCCAGAAGGUCAGAGAAGCGCUCAUAGGGUGUCAAAAUUAUAUCAACAGCAGAACGCGAGGCUUGGAAUACCUCGAACGGAUUGUCAUGGACAUAAAAUCUAAGAUUGAAAGAGAAGAGGAGGAAAUCCGACGAAUCGAAGAGAAACUUGUUAUCAGGCGAAAAGACUUACGGUGUGCUGAGCAAGCACUUGAAGAAUACAGAGCGGAAACCAGUGGACUCAAAGAAAAGGAGAAAUUACUUCUGGUGGCCCAAGGCCGGGGGGAGGAGUUUUUGAAAAGGCUUUUGAAGGCUGGAAAGGUGGAAUUAGAUGCGAUGAUUCAGAGGGGAUUAGAUGAGGCAGAAUCUUCAUCUAAGAAAAGGAUAAAGGUGGAAAGCAAGGAGAAUAAAGGCGAUGUCUGA